GCUGCGAGUCAUCGUUUCCACGCCGCCAGGGUCUCCCUCACCUCGCGGCCGGGGAAGGCCACUGGAGGGCCCAGCCGCGAAGGUCAUCAGCAAGGUCGUGGGCAGGACGUGCGGCGCGGCCACGCCGAGUGCGUGUGGGACUCGGAAAAUUCACCAUGUCUAUUCUUAAGAUUCAAGCCAGAGAGAUCUUUGACUCUCGUGGGAAUCCCACUGUUGAGGUUGAUCUCUACACUGCAAAAGGUCUGUUCCGAGCUGCUGUGCCCAGUGGUGCCUCCACUGGCAUCUACGAAGCCCUAGAACUCCGUGACAAUGAUAAGACACGCUUCAUGGGGAAGGGUGUCUCAAAGGCUGUUGAGCACAUCAAUAAAACUAUUGCACCUGCUCUGGUUAGCAAGCAACUGAAUGUUACGGAGCAAGAGAAGAUUGACAAGCUGAUGAUCGAGAUGGACGGCACCGAGAAUAAAUCUAAAUUCGGUGCAAAUGCCAUCCUGGGCGUGUCCCUGGCUGUCUGCAAAGCGGGUGCUGUGGAAAAGGGGGUGCCCCUUUACCGUCACAUCGCUGACUUGGCUGGCAACCCUGAAGUUAUCCUCCCAGUCCCAGCCUUCAAUGUGAUCAACGGGGGCUCUCAUGCUGGUAACAAGCUGGCUAUGCAGGAGUUCAUGAUCCUCCCUGUGGGCGCCUCCUGUUUCCGGGAAGCCAUGCGCAUUGGAGCAGAGGUUUACCACAACCUGAAGAAUGUCAUCAAGGAGAAAUACGGCAAGGAUGCCACCAACGUGGGUGAUGAGGGCGGAUUUGCACCUAACAUCCUGGAGAACAAAGAAGCACUGGAGCUGCUGAAAAACGCAAUUGCAAAGGCCGGCUACACUGAGCAGGUCGUCAUCGGCAUGGACGUGGCUGCCUCUGAGUUCCAUAGGUCUGGCAUGUAUGACCUGGACUUCAAGUCUCCUGAUGACCCCAGCAGGUACAUCACACCCGACCAGCUGGCUGACCUGUACAAGUCCUUCAUCAAGGAUUAUCCAGUGGUGUCCAUUGAAGACCCCUUUGACCAGGACGACUGGGAAGCUUGGCGGAAGUUCACAGAUACUGCGGGCAUCCAGGUGGUCGGGGAUGACCUCACCGUGACCAACCCUAAGCGGAUUGCCAAGGCUGUGGGCGAGAAGUCCUGCAACUGCCUCCUGCUCAAAGUGAACCAGAUCGGCUCUGUGACCGAGUCUCUGCAGGCGUGUAAGCUGGCCCAGUCCAACGGCUGGGGCGUCAUGGUAUCCCAUCGCUCUGGGGAGACUGAGGACACUUUCAUCGCUGACCUGGUGGUGGGCCUCUGCACUGGGCAGAUCAAGACUGGUGCCCCCUGCCGAUCUGAGCGCCUGGCCAAGUACAAUCAGAUCCUUAGAAUCGAGGAAGAGCUGGGCAGCAAGGCCAAGUUUGCUGGCAGGUCCUUCAGGAACCCCCUGGCAAUGUAGAGUCCUGGAGCCACCAGCAGCUUAGAUCCUGUCCCUGACGUCAUCGAGGCGGCUUGUCCUGUCCAUGGCACUGCUUCCUUAGGCCACCUGGAGCCCUGCUGGAAACCCCAGCCUUGUAGUCAUGUGAUUGGUCCAAGUCAUUGUUUCUGUCACCUCACUUACUUUCCAGCUAGUGUCUGGAGCCCUUGUGCCUCCAGUGUAGUUUCUAGGGUGGCCACAGGCAAGGCC